AACUAUCACACUCCCAUCUCUCCUUUUUUCCUUCCUCCAUUUCAAUCUAUUCCAAUCCCACACACACACACACACAAACACAAACACAAACACAGACACAGACACAGACACAAACACAAACACACACAACUAAACAUAUGCAAGAACCAAAACAAUCCAUGGUGUCCGACACCAAACUAGCCCAUGCUGUCGGGGGCAAAUCCGUCAGAGCCUGCGACAACUGCGUCAGAAAACGCGCCCGCUGGUACUGCGCUGCAGACGACGCCUUCCUCUGCGACGCCUGCGACUCCUCCGUCCACUCUGCGAACCCUCUCGCGCGCAGGCACGACAGGGUCCGCCUCAAAAUCACGUCAUCGCCGCCCUCAAAGGAAAAUGAAAUCUCACUUUCAUUAUCCCCAGGCGGCGGCGAUGACACGAAGCCCUCGUGGCACGAGGGUUUCACUAAAAAGCCCCGAACUCCGCGGGGCCAGAAGAAGAAGAAGAGCGGCGAAUUUAUCAUUCCGCAGCAUCUGGUGCCGGAGCAGGAGAAUUGCAGCGAGGAGGAGAGCGAGGAGCAGCUGCUUUAUCGGGUGCCUGUGUUCGACGUUGAGAAUUACGGAGAAAAUAAUGCGUUGCGUUGUGCGAAAGUGGAGAUGAAUGAUUUGGAAGGGAUUAUGCCGUCGGAAUCGGAGUUUGCGGCGGAUGUGGAGAGUUUGCUGGGGAAGGGAUUGGAGGAUGAGGCGUAUGAUAUGGAGGGAUUGGGGAUUAUUUUCGACUGCGACGAUCACGAUGAAGCGCCGUGUUUGAGGGUCAAAGCUGAGGAUGAGGAGAUUGGGGAGAAGGAUCGUGAUUUUCUUCAGAUUGAUUUGGGAAGGGAGACUUUCGAGUUGAAUUUCGACUACGCGUCUCCGAUUAACACAUGUGGAGAAGAUGAAGAAGAUAAUAAAGCCGGAAUUCGAGAAAAGGAUGACUCUGGUAAGGCCUUGUUGAAACUUGACUUCGACCGCGUCAUGUCGGCUUGGGACCACAAAAGGUCACCGUGGACGAGCGGGGAGCGGCCGGAGCUCACCUCCGGCGAAUGGUGGCCUGAUUGCUGCACCUUGGGUACAAGUUGGACAAUGCAUGCAUACGGAGAGAUGGCGAUGAAGAUUGGCGGGGUGAGGGCGGGGGGCGAUGGAGGGAGAGAAGCGAGGGUGUCUAGGUAUAGGGAGAAGCGGCGGACGAGGUUGUUUUCGAAGAAGAUAAGGUACGAGGUUCGGAAACUGAAUGCGGAGAAGCGGCCGAGAAUGAAAGGGAGAUUCGUGAAGAGAGAAAUCCCUUUGCUUAAUAAAUAGGAAGUAUAUAUACUCACACUGUUAACUACGACUUGUUUCUGCUGGAAACAAUCUGCAGGCUUCUCAUGUGAAUAAUUGAUAAAACUAGGCAUAUGUAUAAAUGUGUGUGUAAGUGAAAUAACUAAUAAUCAUGUGUAAAUCUUGGAUAUUUGUUGCUAGCUAUGUGUUUGAUUUAUGUUGAA